GCAGAUCCAGGAUUUGAGAAACCCGGUAUUUUGAUGUUCUGGUGUUAUUAGUCUCGUGCCAUGUCCCGCCCCCUCUGCUGUGUCCUCCGUCCCGUAGAGGUGGGGGAUGGGGGUAACACUGGCAUCUCACAUCCCAUUCCGGAUUUACCGGACUCCACCUGUCACGCUCACUGUGCUGCGUUUCUUUGUGUGUGCGCACGCGCAUGCGCGUGUAGUGUAAUGCGUGUAUGUGUGUUAGGGAAUAACAACAGUAGCUCUGACACCGGGCGACAGAAACGCCGCAGCGGCUUUCUGAAGCCUUUCCUCCCGCAGCCGUUUCUGCUCCGAAUCCUGUCCGACACCGGUACCAAGGAGCAGACGACCGCCAGUGUUCCGCUGGAUGGUUUUAUCCGCAGUGUCUCCGCCGAGCAGAGGACCGGGAAGCAGGAUGUACAGACAGCAGCUGCAGCAGCUCCGGACGCCCAUCAAACACAUCGAUAACCUGGUAGAGGUGAAAAGCAAAUUUGAGGCAGAAUAUCGUCGCUUUGCUUUGAAAAGAAACGGCCCGGGUGGCUUUCAGGAGUUCUACCGCCUGCUCCAAACCAUCCAUCGCAUCCAUGGUAUCGACGUGCUGCUGGAAUAUGCAGACAUCCACGGAGACCUGCUUCCGAUCAACAACGAUGGCAACUUCCACAAAGCAGUGUCGUCAGCCAGUCCUCUGCUCCGCAUCAUUAUUACCAAGAAAGAUGAUGAACCUGGAGUUUUUGCCUCCAACUCCCUCCAGAGGCGUAAGAAGGGGCUGGGCCUCACAGCACUUCGCUCCACCGGCUCGGGCUCCUUCCAGUCGAAGAACAAAUCGGGCAUUAUGAUUGGCCACCCGCAAAACUUCAGGCAGAUCUCAUCCAUCAUCGAUGUGGACAUCUUACCUGAGACUCACAGGCGGGUCCGACUUCACAAGCAUGGUACCAAGAAACCCCUUGGCUUCUACAUCCGUGAUGGAGUGAGCGUGAGGGUGACACCACAGGGUGUAGAGAAGGUUCCAGGAGUGUUCAUAUCUCGUCUGGUUCGUGGUGGAGUGGCAGAGAGCACGGGACUGCUGGCUGUCAAUGACGAAAUUCUCGAGGUCAACGGCAUCGAUGUAGCUGGAAAAUCUUUAGAUCAGGUGACGGACAUGAUGGUGGCCAACAGCCACAAUCUCAUCGUGACGGUGAAACCGGCUAACCAGAGGAACAACGUGGUGCAUCGUGGGAGCAAGAUGUCGAUGGGAAACUCUGGUUCAGUGGGCUCAGCUGGAUCCACGGGCUCCGCUCUGUCACAUGACUCCCCCAGCCCCGCCUCUCAGAGCAACCCCCUCACUGCCAGCAGCAGCAUCGCUGAGGGAGACAGUGAUGAUGAUGAUGAUGAUGACGGUGACCUCAUCCUGGAGAACGACUCUCUAACUCCCUACCACUCCCAUCCGGUAUCUAACAGGAACAGCAUGAACCUGAACACAGACUCACCUUACAGAGGGCUCCACGGCUCCGCUGUGGGGAGGCCCCUCCCUCAGAGCGUCUCACUGCCUACCAGCAUCGGAGCAUCUCUGAAUCACAGCGCCGUCAUGACGUCACGCAACGGAAACCCCGCCCACGUAGCCAGUAGCAGCCAAGAGACCAUGAGAGAGGAUGGCAAUGUGAUAACACUGUGACUACCGUAACCAUGACGAUACAGAUGCUUACAUUGCAUCACUGAGGACUGCAGAAUCUUCCAGACUCACUGUGAUGAGCAUGACUACACACAUUUAGCAGGUUCUUCCUGAAUCCUGCUACCAGACCACAGACUUGAUCACAGACCCGGAUCACAGACUGGAUCAUAGACCAAAUCAUAGACCGGAUCACAGACUCGAUCAUUGACCUAAUUACAGACCGGAUCACCUAGACAUCAUUCAGCUUCUUACCUCGGUGCUCUCACAUCGUUCAGGCUUCACAGUGCAGCAACAUGCAGCUUUGGUAACAUGUAAAGCAUCAGGUUCUUACACAACAAUAAACUACAAUAAUUUUAUAGAAAUGAUUCAUACUUCCCCUUAAACUGAUUAAAACCGGCUUAUAGAAUGCAACAGGUGAGAAUCAUAAUUCAGGUUAAGAUGAAGAUAUUCAGAGAAUUCAUGUGUCCAAAAGCAUUUGUAAAGAAUCCCAAAAAGAAGAUGUUAUCAUGAACUUCAUUUAAUCUAAAACCGAGUGGGUUUGACGUCUGUCUGGCGGUGUCACAGACCACAUGGUGUGCAGGGGGGAGGUUGUGAUAAAAACAGGUGAACAUCAGCAUCUUUCAUGUCCAGCUCCUGCUGCUUUGGUGGAAACUGCUUGUUGUCUCAGAAGGACAUCCAUCAGUCUGUUUCCAUGAAGAUUAUUUUUACAGCAGAUUAAAUCAUUUCUGCAAAAGCACAAGAGCACAGGGUUUUAUUAACAAUAAUAGCUUAACUCACGACUCGCCUUACAGCACGUCAGAUUAAGGUUUAAUGAGGCUAAGAUGAAGCAUGAAGAAUCGGUCUGUAAACACAAUUCGUUACUCCAUCAGUUCAUUAACCCCUGCUGGUAGCAACGGCAGCAGGAGGCGCCGGAUGGUAAAACUGCCUCACGUUAUUUAUCAAGGAGCAUAAAUUUUAUGUAAUUGUGUCCCAAUCAUACCAUAAUUCACCAAUUCUUUGGAACAAGAAAAUUACAAUCCACAAAUUAACAUCAGUGAGAAGUGGUAUUAAGACUAAGUGACAUUAUUUGUGUUGUAUAAGAAUUUUUUAAAACAAAAUUUAGCAGAAAAAGUCAGAAAACAAGUGUUAAUUAAUUAUUUCUUUGUUGUAACAAUCCUUCUUGGUAAUAAAUCUAAUGCUGUUGGAAAAUCUGUUUCCCUUUUAUUGGAGGCAUAUUUGUAAAGACAAUGCAUUUGUAGGAUGAGCAGCAGAGUUGAGUAUGUGUGUUUUUCUCAUAAAAACUGUCCAAAUCUUCUCUGCCAAAUGGCUGAUUCUGCUGUUGACUCAUGUUUUGAGCUUCUAGUAUCCCAGGUACAUCUGAGCAUGGACCUGUAAGCUCUGCAUGCUACUGAGGCCUGUUUGGUCACACAUACUCAACUCUGCUGCUCAUCCCACAAAUGCAUAUCCUCAUAAUGUGGCUUCAUUUAAAAGGGAAAUAAACAGACUUUCCAAAAGUCAAAGAAACAAAAUACCAAACACUCAUUUACUCACUUUCUGCAAAAUAUCUUUAGGGUCUUUGUUCCAAAAAUCAUUGUUCCCUUUUCAACAGUUUAUUUCUAAUAAAUAAGAGUAUUUAUGGGAAUCUUUUAAAUGCAUGAAAUAAAGUGAACAUUUAGUUAAACAUCACACAAAAGUUUUUUUUUUAGUUCUGCUGAAAGUGAGACGUCAGUCAGAGCUCACUGGAUCAGUGUGUUCUUCUAAAAACAGAUUGAGGGAGAUAAAAUGAACUUUUUGUGAUUCUGAAUGUUGCUGAAGCAGGUCAGAGAAACUGAGUGUGUGUUUCGGAGCUCUGUGGGUAUUAUUUUACUCAGACUAUCAUACCCAGCAUUUCUUCCGUCACACUUACUGCUUCGGAUUUCAUCAACAUACUUUAGUUUGUCAGCCUGAAUAAAUGUCACAUAAUAACUGACGGUUUGAAGUACAGCUGGAGGUGUUUAAAACUAAUAAUGAGAGUUUUCAGGUCUGGUGAUCUACAGCGAGGUUUCCACUGAACUUAGAGGAUUGUUUAAAUCUCUGAGUCUGAACUCAUUUUCUGUUCCUCACCUGACAGAUGUUCCUACAGUCUUGUCUCACAGAAAGACAUGAAAUUAACACAAAUCAUUAACACAACAUGACAUGGUGGAGCUUCUCCUCCACAGACUUGGUUACCAUGGUGACGGUGUUUCCUGUCCACCUCCUGCCUCUGUGAUUCAUUUGUGUCCAUAUGCUGUUUUUCAUAUAACAGUGCCCCACCCAAACAGAUUUGCUACCAAGGCAAGAUUCCGCGUGGUGUGUUUUCUUCUGUAAGGACUACAGUGUCGUUAAUUCUACAGUGUUAAGAUGUGAUUUACUGCAUCAUGUGUGUCUUACAGAUUGUGGUCAUUCUGUGUGUUUCUGUGAGAUCAGAUCAGACUUGAUUUUUCUUCUAAAUCAUGUUUACUUGCCCGAACAAAAUCCAUUCUUACACACACACACGUUCCAUUUAAACGUAUCAUAAUGUAAAGAGAAACAUAAAAGUAAAAUAAUGUAACAUUAAUGGUUUUCUUUAUCUGGGAGAAGUUUUUAUGCCAGAACAUUUUGUAUUAUGUGUAAAAUAUGGAGAUUAUUUUUCUUAUUCUUGUCAUCUGAGAUGUUUUGUGGGAGGACAUUGGGAGGGGGGGGGCUUGGCCUGAACCUCCAGGGGCCCCUGAAGACCCGAGGUCUCUGUGAUGCAAUGUUGACAGUUUGAAUGUUCAGCAGAAACAGCAAAAGAUAUGUCCUCAUUAAGAUCCAUAUCCAAUGGACUAAUGUUGAUGUCUACAUACAUCUGACGUUCUGUCACUAAUUGUCAUGUGACCUGGAUGAGUUUGAUACCAUUUAAAUAAAACAAAGUUUUAGGUUGGUCAGACGGUGAACUACUGAUGUCAGACAGCUGAAAAAUGUCCACAGUAAACCACAAACCUGAUGCUCUUGAUGGUCAUGCUGGUAAAACCUCUGCUACAGGUUUAUCACAGGUUAUGGGAUGUUUGGACACGUGAUGUCCUCCUGACUCUACAUUCUGUUAGAAAACAAAGGAAGUGCCUUUCUGAAGCUUGGGUGAGAGUCCUGUGUGAUGUUGGAGCACCACAAAUGUGAAGUGGACGCUGCAGCCUGGAAAAAGCUGCUUUCUGUUGUUGUCUAUCACUAAACUGUCAUCUGGAGAGCAGAUAAAUUAUUAUCAUUCUAAUAAAGAAUUAUUGAACAUUA